UUCGUUUCUUUCGGGUUGGGCUGAUUGCAGAAGCUUCUGUGUCUUCGCCUGGAGACUGACUGUCCUAUACUUGCUGAGGAGCAAACUCCUGCCUUUCUCCAUGGUGAUUCAAUGCCUGACAGAGGUUGUGGUGGAAGAAGCACACAAUGCUGGUGAUUUCAACUCUAGCAUUUGUGAUCACUCUGCUUGGACUAUCUAGGACCUCAGAGGCAGCCAUAGCUGCUUCUAAAAGAGAGAAUGAUCACUGGGGUAAGAAUCAUGGCAGGAUUUCAGAGGUACCACAACAGAAACUAAAACAACAGUUGGAACCCCUGUCGAUGUCUAAGCAAUGCAACAUCCCUCCAGACAGCCGCUUUGACUGUGCCCCAGAGAAGCUUCUCUCUCAAGAUGAAUGUCAAGCUCGGGGAUGUUGUUACGUCCCUGUCUCUUCCAAAGGCUCUGCUGGUUGGCAGCCCUGGUGCUUCUUUCCUACCAAUUACUCUAGUUACAAGAUGACAAACCUAACUGCCACCAAGACUGGCUACACUGCCCACUUGAUCCGCAGUGCACCUUCUUUCAUGCCAGAUGACAUCCUGAAUGUGCAGCUGGAUGUGGUCUUUGAGACCAAGGGGAGGCUUCACUUCACGCUUAAGAAUCCAGCUAGAAAACGCUAUGAAGUUCCUUUAGAAACCCCCAAGGCCACCAAUAAGGAAUCCUCAACUCUCUAUUCUGUGCAGUUCUCUGCUGAUCCCUUUGGCCUCAUUGUUUUUCGACAGUCCAAUGGCCAAGUUCUGCUGAAUACUACUGUGGCUCCUCUGUUCUAUGCUGACCAGUUCCUUCAGAUCUCCACUGCUCUGCCAUCACAUUUCAUCUCUGGAUUGGGUGAACAUCUGACCCCUCUUAUUCUGAAUGUCAAUUGGACCAAAAUUACUUUGUGGAACCGGGACAUAUCACCUGCGCCCUCUGCCAAUUUGUAUGGUUCACACCCCUUCUAUGUGGCUUUAGAAAAGGAUGGCUUGGCCCACGGAGUCUUCCUACUGAACAGCAAUGCUAUGGAUGUGUUACUGCAGCCCAGUCCAGCGCUGACAUGGAGAACUACUGGGGGUAUCUUGGAUUUCUAUAUCUUCUUGGGCCCAGACCCAAGCAGUGUGGUGCGCCAGUACAUGGAUGUUAUUGGUUACCCAUUCAUGCCUCCUUACUGGGCUCUCGGAUUCCAUCUCUGUCGCUGGGGAUACACUUCCACUGCUAUUACACGGGAAGUGGUGAAAAACAUGACUGCAGCUCUUUUCCCCCUGGAUGUACAAUGGAAUGAUCUGGAUUAUAUGGACGCUAAGCGAGACUUCACUUUCAACAAGGAUGGUUUCAGGGACAUGCCAGACAUGGUGAAUGAUUUCCAUCGUGAUGGUCGGAGGUAUGUCAUGAUUGUGGAUCCAGGGAUCAGCAGUUCCAGUCCCCCUGGCAGUUAUAGGCCCUAUGAUGAAGGCCUGAAGCGGGGGGUCUUCAUCGUAAAUGCGACAGGACAACUUUUGAUUGGAAGGGUUUGGCCUGGGCCCACUGCCUUCCCUGAUUUCACCAACCCAGAGACUCACCAGUGGUGGCAUGACAUGGUGAAGGAUUUCCAUGACAAAGUGCCCUUUGACGGCAUGUGGAUAGACAUGAAUGAGCCAUCAAAUUUUGUGGAUGGUUCCUUGGAAGACUGUCCAAACAACAAGCUUGAAAACCCCCCAUACGUACCAGGAAUGCUGGGUGGAACCUUGAAGGCAAAAACCCUCUGCGCCUCCAGUAGGCAGAAGCUGUCUUCCCACUAUAACUUGCACAGCCUUUAUGGGUUGACUGAAACCAUUGCAACACAUGAUGCUUUGGUGAAAGUGCGAGGGAAGCGUCCAUUUGUGAUCUCACGUUCCACCUUUGCCAGCCACGGACGCUAUGCUGGCCAUUGGACAGGGGAUGUCAUAAGCGUUUGGGAACAUUUAUACUACAGUAUACCAGCAAUGCUGCUCUUCAAUCUCUAUGGAGUGCCAUUGGUUGGGGCUGACAUCUGUGGAUUUCUGAACAGCACGACGGAGGAGCUGUGUGUGCGCUGGACUCAACUGGGUGCAUUCUAUCCUUUCAUGCGAAACCACAAUGACCGCGGAAGCAAGUCUCAAGAGCCAUAUGCCUUCAGCCUGGAAGCCCAACAAGCCAUGAGGAAAGCCUUUUCCCUGCGCUACUCUCUGUUGCCCUAUCUUUACACCCUGUUCCACAAGGCCCACUCCACAGGCGAGACAGUAGCCCGUCCUCUUUAUUUUGAGUUCCCACAAGACACAUAUACAUGGACCAUUGAUAGACAGUUCAUGUGGGGAGCUGGGCUCCUCAUUACUCCUGUGUUAGAAGAAGGGAUAAGGAAAAUGGCUGGCUAUUUUCCUUUGGGGACAUGGUACGAUAUCAUCACGGGAUCCGUCAUCCACAGCAAGGGACAAUGGAUUCUCCUACCUGCUCCACUUGACACGAUCAAUGUCCAUAUCCGUGGAGGUCACAUUCUUCCUUUGCAGGAACCUGCUCUCACAACCACAGAAUCCCGCUUGAAUGGAAUGACGCUCAUCGUGGCAUUGACACUGGAAGGGGUAGCCAGAGGAGAUUUGUUCUGGGAUGAUGGUGAAGGUCUGCUGACCUUUGAGAAGGGUGAUUACACACAGAUCUUCUUUCUGGCAACACAUGGUGUGCUAAUGAAUGAGAUUGUGCGACUCAGCAGCCACAUAGAUGGGCUCCUUCUGAUACAGGUGCUGGUGUUAGGUGUCCCCAGCCCUCCCCAUCAGGUCCUGGCAAAUGAUACCCCUGUCUUGGAUUUUUCUUACCGCACUGACACCAAGGUCCUUACUAUUCCACUCUCUUUGCUGAUGGGGGAGGAAUUUGUCAUCACUUGGUCCUGAGAAGAAAAAAAGACAGACCACAAUCUGAAUGAAAAAUAAACACCUCUGAAAUGU